AUGGUUCACCUCACCCUUCUCAUCUCCAGCUUGCUACCUCUGCUCGCCCUUGGCCAUGGAUACGAUUCCGAGCAGACGGUGCUCUCAUCUUCCGCCUCCGGGAGGCCGGCCAAGUCCAUCGCCAUCGUCGGCGCAGGCAGCGGCGGCCUCGCCAUCCUCAAGACCAUCUUCGACCUCCCCGAAGACGUCCGACGCGACUGGGAAGUAGUCCUCUACGAGCAGCGGCGGAACGUAGGCGGGGUAUGGCUCCCGGACCCCCCUGGGGCGCUGCCCCGCUAUCCCGAGCUCCCCGAGUCCCCGACGUACCCGCUCCUGCACACGAACACGCCCCACCCGACGAUGACCUACAUCGGGUUCCCGUACCCGCCGAACACGCCCCUCUUCCCGACGUGGGACCACGUCCAGCAGUACCACGCCGCCUACGCGUCCCACCACAACGUCUCGCAGUACAUACACGCGCGGCACCGUGUCGCCGCGGCGAAUUGGAUAGGGAGCGCGGAGGGCGGCGAGUGGGAGGUGGAGGUGCACGUGCAGGACCCCGAGAGACACACCGACGUCGACGAGCCCGUGCGCAUCUUCAAGAAGUCCUUCGACCACCUCAUCGUCGCGAACGGGCACAACCACUACCCGAACAUCCCCCAGUGGGACGGGACAGACGAGUGGCUGGCGAACACGCCGGCCGGGACGCCCCAGCGCGAGAUCAUCCACUCCAUCUACUACCGCCGCCCGGAGCGGUAUGCGGGCAGGACGGUGGUCAUCGUAGGAGCAGGGGCGAGCGGGCGGGAUGCGGCGCUGCAAGUAGGCAAGCUCGCACGCGUGACCUACCAAUCCCUCAGGCCGGGCAACGACCCGACCCCCGGGGCCAAGGUCGUCCCCAAGCCUCCGAUCGCGCACUUCAACCGCACCUCCGUCGUGUUCGAGGACGGUAGCGCGCUGCACGACGUCGACGCGCUCAUCCUCGGCACGGGGUACGAGUUCCGCGUGCCGUUCCUCAGCCCGCCGCACUCCUCCGUGCUCGCCGUCGACAAGCACACGACGCUCAACUCGACGACCGCGCGCACGCUUGUCACCAACCUGCGCUACAUCUUCCCCACCCACAGGCACAUCUUCGCCCUACACCCGGACAUCCCGCCGACCGCCCUCGCGUUUAUCGGGCUGCCGGUGCUCGUCGCCAACUGCCCCUCUGACAUCGCGCAGAGUCUGCUUGUCGCGCACGCCAUCGCAAAUGCGUCCAUCUUGCCUCCCCGCGAACAGCUGAUCAACGAGCUCGUAGCACGCGAGGACAAGCUCCGCGCGGAGGGGCUUGACCCAUACUAUGUCGGGCACCGGCUGGUAGCAGAGGCAGAAUCGGACCACGAGUACCAGGACGCGGUUGUCCAAUAUCUGAAGGACGUCGGCGCGCUGCCCGAAGACGGAAAGAAGUUCGUCGAGCCAUGGCGGCGCAUAGGGAGGGACAACUCGCGUCUGCUUGGACGAGCCUGGGAGCGCGUCAAAGAGCGCGGGGAGGAGAACAAGUGGCUGGAAGGCGUGAGGACUGAGGACGAGUGGGCAGACUUGAUGAGUCGUCUUACAGAGUGGCAGCGUGCAUACGAAGAGGAGCAUGGCGUGCCUGAGUUCGAGGGUCAGUCGGUGUGGUAUCUGUAG